AUGAUAUCAUUAGCUAAUCAGCUCAAACUAAAACUACCACGAAUUGCUGAACUAAAAGACUCUACUAUUGCCUCAAAUGUUUUGCCAAAGAUCCCCUUAUAUGCUAAUGUUAUGAAAAUAGUUGUUGAAGUAUUGGUUGUCUUGUUAGCCUGUAGACCAGGCUCAUUUUCAAAUUUUAUGAAGAUAUUUCAAUCUACUGUUGCUUCAUUGGUGAUUGGAGUUGUGUAUACCUAUAGGUACUCAGUGAUUAAAUUGGCUAUAACGUUAUUGACCUUUGCAUUAUUUGUCAACUCUGCUAUCUUAAUUGUAACUGGUGCAACUUUGUACGAAAAUGAAGAAGUCCUUGGUGCUGGUUUGUAUAUUAUCAGUGCCUUUAUAUCAAAAUCUUUGGCUCCUGUUGCUGGCACUAUCUUCAUGUUGGCUCUUCAUUUCAGGGGUCAAAGUGAUGUUUUGCCAACUGGACAAGAUGGUUUAUCCUUAGCUUUGACUGCUUCUCAAGUUUUUUUAUCAAUUUUGUUGCCACUAUUAACUGCUCCUUUAAUUUAUUUCACCUGUUUAAAAAGUAUGACGGUUGUUAAAGAUGGUAUAUUAUCAGCUGAAAAUGAAUUCAACAAUGAUCACACAUCUUCGGUUGAUAAUAGUAACAAAAAUAUCAACAACGGUACCAAUAACAACACUAAUGUAGAAAACAAUAAAAGCUCCAGUUUUGUUAUGCCUAAUAACUGA